UCCUGAGGCCACAGAUGAAACCCUGCUGGACAAGUUGCAGCAACAGCAUCAAGACAAAACCUUCUUUGAACCCGCCUCAAAUACAACUUUUGUCAUUCAACACUUUGCUGGGAGGGUUACAUAUCAAAUCAAGGAUUUCCGGCAGAAGAACACAGAGCACAUGCUUCCUGAAGUCGUGUCACUUCUACGGAGCAGCGAGAGGGCGUUCGUGCAUCACUUGGUCGCGUCCAGUCCAGAAGCCCUUUUCAGAUGGGGAGUGUUGCGAGCCACCAUCCGCAUCCUCACCAUUUUCAAGAACUUGGGACGCAAGCGGGCAGAAUCACUAUCUGCCAGAACACGCAAAACCCUCCGAGAGAUUAAACAGAGCAGCUCUGCUGUGGACAGGCUGUCCAGCCACAGUCUGACUCUGGAUUUCUCCUUUGAUCGCUCUGAUGAACAUCCUCUCGAUGUAUUCGAAGACAUCUUUGCCAAUUAUGAAAAAAGAAAGAAAAUUCGCAGCGGUCGACAGAAGCAGCUCAUUCCAAAGAACCUCAUGGAUCUGAAGUCCCUCCGUCAUAUCGUUGGUGUCACCGCACAUGACAGAACCAGCAAAUAUAUUUUCCACCCUCACCGCAAGUCAAAACCUCCGACUGUCGCCGCCCAGUUUCAGGCCUCCGUUGGGAAGCUGAUGGAGACAAUUGAAAACGCUGAGCCGUUCUUUAUUUUCUGUGUUCGCUCCAACGCUGACAAGAAGGAGCUACACUUUGAUGAAGAGCUUGUGCUAAAGCAACUCCAGUACACAGGCAUUCUGCAGCUGGUUCACAUUCAGAAGGCUGGCUACAGCGCCAAAUACACAUUCAAGGAAUUUGGCGGGAAGUUCAGGAUGUUGCUUCCUAAAGGAGCGAUUGCAACUUCGGAGCAAAUAAGUGAGCUGUUUAAGAGGAUGCAGAUCGAAAAGACCAGCUAUCAAAUAGGAAAAACCAAGGUGUUCCUCAAGGAGAAGGAGAGGCAACUGCUCCAAGACACUCACAACAAAGAAGUGAUGCGUCACAUCAUCGUCCUGCAGCGCUGGUUCAGGGCCUGUCUGAUGAGGUCACACUUCCUGCAAAAGAGAGAUGCCACUCUGAUUAUACAGAGGAGCUGGCGUGAGUUUUACGAGAACCAAAACCGGGCUGCUUCAGUGAUCCAGACAGCGUGGAGGAUUUCCCUGAAGAAGAAACCCGGUGAGACAGAGGAUGAGAACCCGUCCGAAGAACGACCGGGACGAGACAGCUUGAAGAAGGAGCUAAAGAGGCAGGAGAAAGUGGAGCUGAGCCCCAGCAGGAACCAGGACAGGUCCCAGAGUCGAGAGAGACGAGAGGGCCGAGGGUCGCCUCCCCCUCUCACCAGACCCCUCUCCCUCCCACUGGACACUAAAGAUGACAGUGAUGACGGCUCUUCUGGCCCCUCAAGUACGAGCAGCUCGCUCCAGCGCUACAAAGAUAUGGGGGGCAUCAAGAAAAAGGCAGAACAGUGGAGGGAAAGAAAGAGCGAGGGCGAACACACGGAUGAAUCAAGUCCAGAAGUGCGGCGGAAAGAUGAGUUUCGGAGCAAAGGGAAGUCCAUGUCUGUAGAUGAACUGUCCAGGAUCAGCACAUCAGGCUCGGAUAGCUCACCUUCUACCAAGGAGGUCAGCGUGCGUCUCCGCAAGCAGCCCAAACGCAAGCGGCGCUUAGCCAAUGCCCGCAGCGUUAUGAUGCUUAACUUUGGGAGCUCCAAGGAGAGCGAGUACUGGAGCUAUCCGCUGCCCCCCAUGAGCCCCUUUCUGCCCACAAUGAAGAACUCGGCCAGUAGCGUGGAUGUCUGGCCCUCAAAAACCAAGGUCAAGAUAUUGUCAGAAAAUGAUGGGGUAAGAUUCAGUCUUCCUGCCAGGAGCAGCAACGAGGACUCAGAGCAACAGGAAUCCAACCAAUCACAGCUCACAACUCCUGAGAGGAUUUGGUUUCUCAGUAGAUUCCUGAAGAAGCGGGCUCCUAAAUAUCCCUCGGGCAACGACUCAGAUAUAGGAGUCCCCUUGUCCAGCUACACCCCUCAUCCCUACCAAAGGCCAAACCAGAGCAGUGAGAAGAUCGCUCGAAACCCGACCAUUAAAAUCAGCCGGGCCACGCGGGCGCUGCAGUCCAACACCGCUCUGGAUCGGGAGAUCACCGACCCAAAAGAGCUGCGAAACCUGGAUGAAUUCCUCGGAAAUCAGGUGAAUGAGCUGCAAAGUAGGACAAAAGAUCUGUCGCUUACAGAGAGCCUCUUCCUCACAGCCACCAUGGAGUUCAGAGAGACCAUCAAAGGGAUGUACUCUAUGCAGAAGCCUCAAAUCGGCUACAAAUAUCUGAUGAAGGGCUUCCAAAACAAAGUGAAAACACUAGCAGGGAUACAGAAGAAGGAAGAGGCCUCGCUGGUGGUCAACCUGUUUCAGUCUGUGCUGGACGGCUUCAUUAGGGGCGAGCUGAAACGAGCGGAUUCUGAGCCAGCCAAGGCCAACAAGACGGCAAAGAAGAGGAGAAAAAAGGAUAAAUGUCCGAAGAGUCCUCUGGAUCACUUGUUCAGCACAUACCAGGUGAAUAUCAUGCAGUCAUGUGACCUGUGUGGCUCCUACAUCUGGGGAAUGGAGAAAGCCUACAUGUGCAGUGCUUGCAAGUUAAUAUGUCACAAGAAAUGUCUGGAUAAAAUCAUCACAGAUUGCUCGACACGAUGUGCUAGGCAGGAUGACAGCGUGCCAGGCUCCCUUCACUUUGGGGUGCAGGUGUGUGUCCUCACCAAUAAAACUAACCCUGUGCCCAAAGUGGUGGAGUUGCUUCUGAUGCACAUUGAGCUGAACGGCCUCUACACCGAGGGCAUUUACCGCAAGUCGGGCUCUGCAUGCCGAGCGAGGGAGCUCCACCAGAUUUUAGAGACUGAUCCGGAGGGGCCAAAUUUAGACAACUACCCGAUCCACACCAUCACAGGUCUACUGAAACGUUGGCUCAGAGAGCUGCCGGACCCCCUCAUGACCUUUUCCCUCUACAACGACUUUCUGCAUGCCGUGGAGCUGCCGGAGAAAGCUGAGAGAAUAAGGGCUGUUUACCAAAAGAUUGAUGAACUUCCUCCUGCUAACUACAACACGUUAGAGCGGCUCAUCUUUCACCUUGUCAGGGUUGCGAAAGAGGAAGAAAAUAAGAUGUCAACAAGCUCUCUUGCUAUUGUGUUUGCUCCCUGCAUCCUGCGCUCACCUGAUGUUGACGACCCAUUUCUGGCUAUGAAGGAUGUGGCCAAGACUACAACGUGUGUGGAGAUCCUGAUCUCGGAGCAGCUCAGACGAUACAAUGAGAAGAUGCAGAAUAUCCAGCAGCUGGAAUACGCAGAGGCAGUGGCUGUCAAUCAGCUCAAACUGAGGAGACAAAACACGGUUGUUGAAAAGCCUCCACAGCUGGAUGUUCCCGAUCAUAGGCCUUCGGAUGAAACGGAGAGGACCCUCAUUGAUAGGAUCAAGUCCAUCAAACAAGAAAAGGUGGACUUGGCUUGCAGGUUACCUGACCUUGAGCAGGAUAACUCUGACGACAACAUGGACUCAUCAUCUUCAUCAAUGAGCUCAGAGAGUCUAGAGGACCGUCUGGGCAGCCUAGACUCGGAAGCCAAGGUGACCAUGCGAUCAAAAACCCAGAAACCCAACUGCCCGCCUAAACCUGCUGACCUGGCGCAGAGAGUGAGAAGUCUGAUGGCUCAGACAGGUAAUGCGUGGGGAGGGUUCACACCAGGAAAAAAGACAGAUGUUACAAAAUCCAUGUGCUUCCUGCCCAGCCCAGAUAGCCCCUCCCCCGACGACAAGCCGCAAAUCAUUAGCAAGUCUUUCAAAGGGAGCUAUGACGACCUGGACAUCCCUUACAUCGACGAUGAUGAAGAAGAUCCCACCUGUGAAUAACACCACAAGUUAACAUAAUAAGAAUAUGCUCCAGGUGUGUUAAUAGAAGACUGGAUUUUUCUUGGAAAAAAAAAAACUGUGCACUUUGUUUUAUAGACUUUUCCAUGUGUCAAUGCUGCUAUGGAAACAAAGUGCCUUGAGAAUUUAAAUGUAUUUAAUGCGAGAUGUACGGAAUGUCUGGAGAAGAUCCAAUUGCAAUGAGGACUUGGCCUCUUUAUAUACAAUACACUGUGUGUGAUUUUAAACAUAUCUCAGAAUUGUACAGUUUUACAUUUAAUAUAAAAAGGUAAGUACUUAUGUAACAAUGUGAGACCAGCUAGGGAUCAGGAGCAUUUGAGAACACAAGGUUCUCCUUUACUAAUGGACAUUAUUUUGAGCUCAUCCACUGUUGCAAAUAAUAGGACGUUAUGGUGUUUGUGGGUAGAAAAGUGUACCAAAAAUGUGCAUAGGAGAAUCAGAGUGGUUCUCUAUUGUACAGACACAGAACCAUUGCAUUUUGGGCUCGCUCUUAAUGCAUGGUCGUGCAUAUGAAAUGUUUCAGUUGUGUUUUUCUGCUUUUAAUAUUCCUGUGGUAUCGACUGCUGCGACUGACUCAUUCAAUACACUUGUAAGGCAAAUGGCCAUAUUCCUGCCUUUAAGACUGACUGAAAAAUACUAACCUGUCACUGUGCAGUUUCACCAAGUAAACAUUUUGUCAAUACAUAUAGGUUUUUUAAAUAAAUAUGCAUGCCUGUACAUUUAUAAGGGGUUAGGAAUCAUUCGUAUUUGGGUGAGCAUCCUCAGAAAUCGUCUUUUGCCACAUGAAUAAACUGACCUUUUUCAAAUGUCUACUGCUGUAAAACCAAUCAUUUCAACCAAUACUGCAGCUUUGACAAUGACAUGUCUAUUAAGAACAUAUUGCAUAUUGUAAAAAAGUACAUGAAAUGUUUACCAUUUUAAUAAGUGUUCAUGUGAGGAAAGUUUUUCAUUGUGUCAAUGAG